GGCAGGAUACAGCAGGAAGGAUGCUUCUGUUGCCCGUGAUGUGUCUUUCGCCAACAGAAUCUGAAUGGAAUAUCGACGGUAAAGGGAAAGGAUACCGCAAUAAAGGCCUGUCUCCGUGAACUCCGAGAUGGCCAGGCUCGCCGACUACUUCGUGGUGGUCGGUUACGACCUCGAUAAGAGAGGGGGCAGUGAGGGCCAAGGUCACAUUCUCCAGCGCUUUCCUGAGAAAGACUGGGAGGACAAUCCCUUUCCACAAGGCAUCGAACUGUUCUGUCAGCCUAACGGAUGGCAGUUAGUUCCAGAGAGGGAGCGUCCGUCGUUCUUUGUGUCGGUUCUGACCGACAUCAACUCAGAACGUCACUACUGUGCCUGUUUCACGUUCUGGGAGGGCCUGGACAACCCACAGCUACAGAAAGCUGAGGCUAGUGAGGUGGAUGAGGACGAAGUCCCAGGGCUGGUCCAGCCGGCCCAGGUCUUUGCCCCCAAGAGCCUGGUGCUGGUGUCCCGUCUGGACCACACAGAGGUCUUCAGGAACUGUUUGGGGCUCAUCUACACCGUGCAUGUGGACAGCCUCAGUGUUCCCUUGGAAACAGUGAUCGGAAACCUCCUCACCUGCGUCAUCCCCGUGGCUGGUGGUUCUCAGAUAAAUGAGUCCCCAGUAUGUAGUUUAAAUCUUUCGGUUCCUCAGGCCCUAGCCUGUGACUGGCUACUGGGCUGCUUUCAGGACCAGAGGACUAUAACAUUGGGUGCGGGUGAUCGACAGGUCAUCCAGACUCCUAUCAACGACUCCCUCCCUGUCAGCGGCAGCAGCGUAGCCCAUCUCUUUAGACAGCUUGGUAUAGUGAACGUCCUGUAUCUGUUCUGUGCUGCUCUGACGGAACACAAAAUCCUGUUCCUGUCCAGCAGCUACCAGAGACUAACAGACGCCUGCAGAGCACUACUGGCCAUCAUGUUCCCCCUCAAAUACAGUUUUACGUACGUCCCCAUCCUGCCGGGAAAACUCCUGGAGGUGCUGAGCACGCCCACGCCUUUCAUCAUCGGGGUCAAUUCUUUCUUCCGUUCCGAGACCCAGGAACUUGUGGGUAGCAUGACCUUGGACGUGAUCAUCGCUGACCUGGACGGAGGCACGGUGACCAUCCCGGAGUGUGUCCACAUCUCCUUGCUCCCUGACCCCCUCUUGCAGCAGACCCAGACCGCCCUCUCCAUGGUGUUGGACCCAGAGCUGGAGAUAGCUGACCAUGCCUUCCCCCCUUCCUCCACACAACCCUCCACACUCAAGAUCCAGGAUAAGGAGAUCCGGGCGGUGUUUCUGUGGCUGUUCGGCCAGCUGUUCCAUGGCUAUCGCUGGUGUUUGCACAUCAUCCGGAUCCACCCUGAACCAGUCAUCCGCUUCCAUAAGGCUGCGUUCCUGGGCCAGAGGGCUCUGACCGAGGAUGACUUCCUGAUGAAGGUUUUGGACGGUAUGGCGUUCGCUGGGUUCAUAUCGGAGAGAGGGCCGCCUUACAGACCCACAGACCUGUUCGAUGACCUGAUAGCCAAUCAGGUGGAGCGUAUUCGCCAGGAGGAGUGCAGUCCUCACAAAGUCAUGAACCAUAUCAAGGAGCUAGCCGAGCAGCUCUUCAAAAACGAGAACCCAUACCCUGCCGUGGCCAUGCAUAAGGUGCAGCGGCCAGCUGAGAGCCCUGGUCACAAUGACCCCAAGAACUUGGCCAUCUUCCCUCCGCUGGACGACGUCACAGUCCAGCUCUUCAUCGACCACGCCGCCGCCAAGCUCAAAACCGCCCCGCCCGUGGUGAAGCCCGAGCUCAAUGGCAUGGUGCCCUCCGGACCCCCACUGGGAGACAUUGUGGACAGGCAUGGUCAUGUCCUGGCUAACAGCGCUCGCAGGCUGGAGGUGGUCAGGAACUGCAUUACCUACAUAUUUGACAACAAGAUGCUGGAGGCCAAGAAGCUGAUGCCAGCGGUACUGCGGGCGCUGAAGGGCCGGGCGGCCAGGGUGUGUCUGACCCAGGAGCUCAACCAGCACGUCCUGCAGAACCGAGCUGUGCUGGACGACCAGCAGUUUGACUACAUCGUCCGCAUGAUGAACUGCACCUUACAGGACUGCUCUCACAUGGAUGAACACGGUAUUGCAGCCAUCCUCCUUCCCCUGGUCACGGCCUUCUGCAGAAAACUAGGCGCGGGCAUCACCCAGUUUGCCUACAGCUGUGUGCAGGAGCACAUGGUGUGGACUAACAUGCAGUUCUGGGAGGCCAUGUUCUACAGUGAUGUCCAGAACCACAUCAGAGCCCUGUAUCUGGAGGCAGACGGGGGGGAGCUGUCCACCUCUUCUCACGGUCAGCAGGAGUCUGGUCCAGCAGCAGGAGGUCAGGAGCUGCUGGGUGCUCUGGAGCUGGCGUCAGAGCAGAGCAGGCUGUGGCCCACGCUCAGCAAGGAGCAGCAGAGUGAGCGCGUGCAGAAGGAGGAGAGCACGGUGUUCAGCCAGGCCAUCCACUACGCCAACCGCAUGUCCUACCUGCUGCUGCCCCUGGACACCAGCAAGAACCGCCUGCUCAACAGGUCCGGGAUAGGGGAUGUGGAGAGUGUUAGCAACAGCUACGUCACCAACAGCAUUGCUGGCAGCAUGGCGGAGAGCUACGACACAGAGAGCGGCUUUGAGGACGCUGAGAGCUCUGACGUGGCCAACUCUGUGGUGCGAUUUAUCAACCGCUUCGUAGACAAAGUGUGUAACGAGAGUGGGGUGACCAACGAGCACCUCAAGGCACUACACACCAUGAUACCAGACAUCGUUCAGAUGCACAUCGAGACGCUGGAUGCAGUCCACAGGGAGAGUAAGCGACUGCCACCGAUCCAAAAGCCCAAGCUUCUGAGGCCCAUUCUUCUGGCGGGAGAGGAGCUGGUGAUGGACGGCAUGCGGGUGCACCUGAUCUCAGACGGCCGGGAGGAGGCCACGGGGGCCUUGGGGGGUCCACCCCUCCUCCCUGCCGAGGGGGCCAUCUUCCUCACCACCUACCGCCUCAUCUUCAAGGGCACGCCCAACGACCCGCUGGUGGGUGAGCAGGUGGUGACUCGGUCGUUCCCCAUCGCCUCCCUGACUAAGGAGAAGAGGAUCUCUGUCAGUCUGUCCAUGGACCAGUUCAUACAGGAGGGUCUUCAGCUACGCUCCUGCACUUUCCAGCUGCUGAAGAUAGCGUUUGAUGAGGAGGUGGCGUCGGACCUGGCCGAGGUGUUCCGGAAGCACAUGCACAAGCUCCGCUACCCACAGCACGUCCAGGGAACCUUCGCCUUCACCGUGGGCCAGAGCGGCAAGACGUUGGUCGAACACAAGACCAAGGACAAGAACCAGUCAAUAAAAACACUUUCCAAAAACCUGGUGAAGAGUGCGAAGAGGACGAUCGGUCGACAGUAUGUGACCCGGAAGAAGUACUCACCUCCCACCUGGGAGAACAGGAGCAGCCUGCAGUCAGAGCUGGACGAGGAUGAGAUCUCCGUCUCAGAGGAGUUGGACCAGGGCUCCCUCACCCUGUCUUCCACCAUCCGCUCCUCGGACAGACAGACCAUGAGCAACGUGGUGGAGCGCGCCUGUUGCCGUGACUAUCAGCGGCUAGGACUGGGCACGCUCAGUAACAGCCUGACGCGCUCCAAGAACGAGCCCUUCCGCAUCUCCACCGUCAACCGCAUGUACACCGUCUGCAGGAGUUACCCCGGCCUGUUGAUCGUGCCCCAGAGCAUCCCAGACUCCACCAUCCAGCGCAUCUCCCGCUGUUACAGACAGAACCGUUUCCCUGUGGUGUGCUGGAGGAACUCUCGUACCAAGGCUGUGCUGCUGCGCUCUGCAGGCCUCCAUGCUAAGGGAGUGGUGGGCUUCUUCAAGUCCCCCAAUGCCCCCAGUGCCGGCCCCUCCCAGGCCGACUCGACCAGCCUGGAGCAGGAGAAGUACAUGCAGGCGAUCAUCAGCUCCAUGCCCUCCUACUGUGAGCCCAGUGGCAGGAACACACUUGGCGGCUUCACCUCCACUCACAUGAGCACCUCAGACUCGUCAGAUAAGCUGAGGCAGCCUAAGAUCGGAGCUCUGAUGAAACAGGUGAUGGGAGGCAAGGAGGACGUACCUGGAACCUUCAGCCGCGGAGCUCUGGGUCAAAGGGCGAGGGUCAUCUCCCUCUCUCAGCCCAGAGUUUCAGGCAAGGCCAGAAACCCCCCUGGAGGGAAGUGGGGCAGUAUCCGGGGUAGUGGGCGUCUGAGUGCCUACAACCCAGAAGUGGGGAACAGGCUGUCCAGUAAGGAGUCUCCCCAGCCCAACGGGGGCCCCAGCGAGGCCCUGUUCCUCCGACAGCAGAGGGCCUACCUCUACAUCAUCGGAGACAAGACACAGCUCAAAGGUGGGAAGCAGGACUCGUUCCAGCAGUGGGAGGUGGUGCCCAUCGAGGUGUGUGACGUGCGUCAGGUGAAGAACAGCUUUAAGAAGUUGAUGAAGGCCUGUGUUCCCAGCUCAGCCACCUCUGAACCCAGCAUGACUUUCCACCGCUGCCUGGAAGAGUCCGAAUGGAUGUGCCUGCUCCACAGAGUUCUGCAGGUGUCUGUCCUGGUGGUAGAGUUGUUAGACACGGGCUCGUCAGUCAUGGUCAGUCUGGAGGACGGCUGGGACGUCACUACUCAGGUGGUGUCUCUGGUCCAGCUUCUGUCAGACCCGUACUACCGGACCUUCGAUGGCUUCCGCCUGCUGGUGGAGAAGGAGUGGUUGUCGUUUGGCCACAGGUUCAGUCAUCGUGGCGCCCAGACCCUGGCGAGCCAGAGCAGCGGCUUCACACCUGUGUUCCUGCAGUUUCUCGACUGCGUGCACCAGAUCCACCUGCAGUUCCCCAUGGAGUUUGAGUUCAGUCAGUACUACCUGAAGUUCCUGGCCUACCACUACGUGUCCAACCGCUUCAGAACUUUCCUGCUCGACUCGGACUACGAACGUAUCGAGCUCGGGGUUCUGUACGAGGAGAAGGGGGAGAGGAAGAACCCGCAGGUGUGUAAAUCAGUGUGGGAUUACAUCGACCGGCUCAACAAGAAAACACCCAUCUUCUUCAACUACAUGUUCUCACCAGAGGAUGAGGAGGUGCUGCGGCCGUACAGCUUCAUCUCCAACCUGAAGGUGUGGGACUUCUACACAGAGGAGACGCUGUCUGAGGGCCCGUCUUACGACUGGGAGCUGGUGCAGAGGGGCCGGCAGGAGAGGCUGGCUGAGGAGGUGCCUGACAAACCAGACACCACCACCCCCAAAUCCCAGCGACACAUCGUCUGGCCCUGCUACGACAGCCGCAGCCGAGUGGUACCCGACGCCAUCACCAAACUGCUGCAGGACCUGCAGAGUCUGGAGGCUGAGUUGGGGUUGCCACCAGAGAAAUGGAAGGACACUUGGGACAAGAUCAAGGCCAACCAACGGGCCGAGGCCAAGCUGGAGAACAGGCCGUCGUUCAACAGCUCCUUGCUGAUGUCGUCCAACCUGAGUCACCAGCGGCGGUCUCAGGGGGUGUACCUUCCGGAGAGUGGAGUGGGCUCCUCCAUUAACCUGGCCAUGGACCGUGAGACCAGCACCACCUCCACCCCUGUGGCCGGGCGCCCCAGCACCAGCACCCUAUACAGCCAGUUCCAGAGCACGGAGAGUGAGAACAGGAGUUUUGAGGGCAUCCUGUUUAAGAAAGGCGCGUUGCUGAAGCCAUGGAAACCCCGCUGGUUUGUGCUGGACAAGACCAAACAUCAGCUGAGAUACUAUGAGACCAGGCAGGACAAGGAGUGUAAGGGGGUGAUUGAGCUGGCAGAGGUGGAGUCCGUCAUUCCAGGCACGCCCACCAUGGGAGCGCCCAAAAACAUAGAGGAGAAAGCCUUUUUCGAUCUCAAGACGACCAAAAGAGUGUAUAACUUCUGUGCGCAGGACAGCCCCAACGCACAGCUGUGGAUGGACAGUAUUCAGAGCUGCCUCUCUGAUGCCUAGAGAGAUGCACGGCUCCACCAUAACAGGAACCAAUGAGCAGUGCUGAGGCACCCGAUGGACAUCUCUGCUGGCCAAUCACAGGAGUUCCUCUCCAGAAGGAGGAAUUGAGACAGAUGUGGGAGGGUCCUUUCCACAGUUGAGCGCCGUUCAGUGUCGAACUGAUGAUGUCAUGUUUCAGUGUUGUUAUAAAAUGAAAAUUAAGUAAUGACCACUCGCUUUUGUUUCACCGUGUUGCUGGCUGCAGCCUGUCACCUUGGUAGUACAACCACUAUUUGUGCUGGAUGUCUAUGCAAAAUGGAGCUAAAAGAAACAAAGCAUGAUGUAGUUUGUUGUGUGAGCUUGAAGAUGGACAGUUUCUCACCAGACUAAUCUAACUGGUGCAUGCAGAUGUAGCCAGACCCACCCAUCCCUCCACACAACUUAACACUCCAGGGAGGAAGUAAUGAUGAACUACAUUAUCCAGCCAUGCAGAGGAUCCUGUCUGUAGUUAAUUGGAGUGUUUCCUUUAAGAACAGAACACAGAAUAGUCGUCAUGGUCACCUGCUAGCUGACGCUGAAGCCUCCCCUGUCACUGCCUGAUGUAGCUGAGUCUUACCCGUGAGGAGUUGGACACUCACAGAUCCCCUCUCCUCUGUCUCUUAUUCCCUGGACACACCACCAAGGGAGCCCUCUCAACGGUUUAUGAAGGAGUUCUAUUUUUUUUUUUUUUUUUACAGCUUAUCUGUUUAAUUUUUGGGUCACUCAAUUGUGUCAGAGAUAUAUCAGUCCUCCUAGUUAUCACCCCCAGAGCAGCUGGUGAUAUUAGCCCUCGUGAUCAAACCAGGAGAAUGGCAGUUGGAGAUUCUAAAUCCGCCGGUUCGGGAGUCUGUCUGCAGAACAAUAUUAGUGUUUACACAAGAAGCUAAAGUUCUUCCUCUAUAUUUAUCAAAAACAAAUAACCACUAUUACAGUUCAGAAUGUUAAGGGAUGCUGAAGGAACAUGUUUUUGUGAAGAUUAAUUUAUGCACAAAAUUAUAAAACAAAGUUCAAAGGUGAUGUUCUGGUCUGUUUACAUGGCAGUGCUGAGACUGGAUCUGACUAACAUGACAGACUUCCUGGAUACGACCCCCCCCCCCCCUCUGUUUCUAUGGUCAGGUUUAAUGUUGGACAAAUGGUAUCAGUUAUACAAGUGCCAGUGGAUUUUAACAUGUGACACGUAUUAGACAGUUGGAUUGGAAUAUGCUCUAAACAAGUAAAAAAAAAUAUCCAUGUAAUACAGUUCUUAACCAGAGGGGGGCGUUAGUGAUCAAGGCACUUAGAAUAAUACAUUAGAAUUUCCAACAAUAAUUACAGCCAAUUAAUAGCGUUUCAAAAGCAUGUGUCUGAGCAUAAGAUAUCACUCUCUGUGCUGUUUACCUUACUCAGCCUUUGUUUGGUGGUCUGUGAGUCACAGCUUGGCUUCUGAACAGUAAUACUUCAGCGAGUCCCAACUUUCUCGCCGCUGCUCCUCUGUCUAAACCAGUGUUUUUAGCUAGAGGCUGGUACAUUCUGUUCUUAAGCCUGUACAUAGGAGUCAAUGUCUUGUAGAGAAUAUGUUUAGCUGGAAUUUGUGAGAUUGCAAUUAAGUCACUUGUUCGUUUUUUUACGCUACAGAGCAGUAUCGUUUAGCCCUCAUUUUGAGCCCCCAAGUUACGAAAACGGACACAUACUCCUCGUUUAAACACAUUGCUGUGUAAAAUAUGGUUAUACUGCUGUCUUGAACAGUAGAUUUGUGUCUAACUCUUUGUAUAUACUACUCAGAUUUGUAUGUAACGUUUAUGGUAGUAAUUUAUUUAACUUUGUGUCCUCGGUAAGAAAAGUUCCUCAAUUACCACUUUUUAAAAUUAGGAAUCCAAUGUGCCAUUUGUUUUUCUGUGUUAACGUGACUAAUGCUACUACUUUUUGGAAAAUGUGUUGUAUAAGUAAAUCCUCAAUGUCUUCUUUUUUUACAUUGUUGUCCUUCCCCAAUAUCAAUCCCUAAGCAGAGUGGAAAUUGGUGUGUUUGUAUGAGCAAGAACUAGCCUCCCUAGUUAAGGUGGGUUUUCUGGAAUAGAGUUAUGGAAUCUCAUUAAGUUGCUUAGCUGCACAGGUGGGGUGUUAAUGUCACACCCACCCACCUCACACACUUAAAACCCAGCUCACCCCAUUUACUGCAGUCUACUUAUCUCUCCUGAUUUGGGUAGAUUAUAUCCACAACGUUAAUCAGUACAAUAUAACCUUAUUUAUUUAGUUUUUUUUCUCUAAUUAGAAAUUUCCUUGAGCUGGGUCUGUCAAUCAUGUAAUAUAUUUUUUAGAAUUAAAACAAAAACACUGUGGGUUUAAACGUCA